CGAGGAGGAGGAGGAGGAGGAGGAAGAAUCAUCAUACGAAGAAAAUAUGCUUGAUGUUGAGAGAGAAGAAUGUCUUUCCAGUCAGUGGAGAGGCAAUUUAAAAACAGCCCUUCCAUCAAACGACCAAACUAGAUCUUUGUUUCCUGAACAAUCACCUCUUCCUUCAAAAGAAAAACUUGACUCUAAGGAGCAACCAGAACUGUUUCCAGAUGCGGCUUCUCCUGGUCAAACACCUUGUAAGCCAGUUUCACAGAAAGCUGAUGCUGCUCUAAAGCAUCCUCCUCCAAGUGUGUACUACCAGUAUUUGAAAUCUGCCAGCAAUUGCUCCUCUGAGAAGGGGACCAGGUUUGGAAGCAUUCUCCAGGAUAUGUUGCAGCCAAAGAUUCAUUGGUCUCAAGACAACACCAUGCCAAAACUGGGAGAAUUGUCAGCGAACCUCAUUGACAGAGCAAGUCUCAAAUACAAUCCAAGACCGGGAAAGAUUAUUAUUUAUGAUAUUUCUGGUGACAAAAGUAAACAAGAAGUUCAUUCUGAUGUGCUAGAUACCACGUCCUGGAUCUUUCCCGUUGGGGCAUUACUGAGGAUAAUUAGAGGAUGUUGGAUUUUUUAUGAGAAACCAAAGUUCCAGGGUCGGAAAUACGUACUAGAAGAAGGAGAGACUGUGCUGGAUCACCUUUGGGAUAUUCCGGGCGUGAAACAUCGUCGAAGAAACCUCACAGUUGGUUCAAUCAAACAUGUAACAAAGGACUGUGGCAUUCCAGAGGUAGAGUUCUGCCUGGCAGCUGGUAGUACAGAGGGACUUCCUAUCUGCAUACAGAGUGCAGUUGCCAAUUUAGAAGAACUGGAUGUUGAGAAAAACCCUUACAUAAGAGUCAAAUCAGGAGUAUGGCUUGCUUAUUCAGACUUUAAUUACAAGGGAGAGAUGAAGGUUUUGGAAGAAUGCGAUUCACCAUCCGAAAUUCCUUCAGCAGAUGUAAAAUCUCUGCGUCCCUUAAAAAUGGGUGGACUAAAGGUACAAAUGCCAAUGAAUGUCAAGAUAAUAAUAUAUGAGAAAACCCACUUUGGAGGAUGGUCCAAAGAGUUUUCAGAAAACAUCGCUUCUGUCCCAGCUCUGUUUGGUAGUGAAGAGGAGUUUCAGGAAAUUGGAUCAAUAAGUGUAAUUGGUGGAGUAUGGGUUGCCUAUGAUAAGGAACGCUACAAAGGCCGUCAGUACUUGCUGGAGGAGGGAGAUUAUGAAGACAGACACUCAUGGGGGGGAACUGACAGUGUCCUCCUGUCUUUCCGGUUCCUUCAGGCUGAUUUCAUAGAGUCAUCAGUGGCACUUUUUCAGUCUGAUGAUGAAGAUGGGAAAGCAUUAGACAUCGUCAAUGAAGAAAUCCCUGAUUUGGAGCAGGGUGGAUUUGGCCCAGAGACGAGGUCAAUUCUUGUGAGAAGUGGAGUGUGGGUCGCAUAUCAGCAGAAAUAUUUCUGCGGAGAACAGUAUGUGUUGGAGAAAGGAAAAUAUAAAUGUUUCUUUGACUGGGGAGGAUCUAGUAAAAUCAUCAUGUCAAUUCGACCUAUUAAGUUGGAACCGCUUGGAACGAAUGAGCCUCCACAUUUGCUCAAAGCUUUCAGUAAUACACAUUUCCAAGGAGCAUGUAUAGAUUUCACAGCAGAAGUUUCUGAUUUUACAUCAUUCAUACCAUGUUCUUUUAAGGUUCUGCGGGGAUGUUGGCUCCUGUGUUACCAAGGGGAAAUCGCUGACAAUCACUGUGUGCUGGAAGAAGGCCUCUACGUUGACUUCAGUUCCUGUGGCUGCCCGACUGCUACAAUCAAAUCCCUCAAGCCUAUUCAAUAUGUCUUUGCUGAGCCCUCCAUCAGUCUGUUCGCUCUGGAGUGCUGCAAGGGCAGAGAGCUGCACUUCAGUGAACCCAUCAAUUCUGUUUUGAAUGAGGACCUUCAUUUUUACACUCAGUCUGUAUGGGUGAGAAGUGGAUUGUGGAUUGCAUACGAAGGAUGUAAUUUUUUAGGAAAGCAGAUUCUGCUGGAGCCCAGUGAGAUUUCCAACUGGAAUGAACACAGUGGCUGGAAAGUAAUUGGCUCCCUUCGUCCUAUGAAGCAGCCAGCAGUGUACCUCAGAGUGAAGAACCGAGCCCAAGGUAAAUAUCUGACAGUUGCUGGAAGCCUGGCAGAUAUAAGAGCAACAUCAGUGUGCGCGUCCCCAUACAAUGGCAAGAACACCCAGAUCUGGCACUACUGUCGUGGACUUUUCAAAUCCAAGGCUAACAAUGCCUGUCUGGACGUCAUUGGUGGCAGAGAUGUGUCUGGGGCCAAAGUCGCGCUCUGGGCAGAACAUGGGAAGGACAGGCAAAAGUGGAGACUCAAUGAGGAUGGAACCAUCAGUUCAUACCUCAGCGACCAACUGGUGCUUGACAUUAAAGGAGGAAAUUAUUAUGACAAGAAUCACAUCAUUAUGAAUCAGCCGAUAGACGACAAACAUUCACAAAAAUGGGAUAUUGAAAUAGUGUGAGUAAAACCCACCACACAGAUGGACCUUGUGUGGGUUAUUAACACCUGGGGGGGGGCCGGAACCUACUGAAGUCACACACCACUGGAACCUUAAGCAGCAGCUCCUCUCUACUUUCCUUCAUACCAACUCCUAAACCAACUGAAUUUUGCACAGAUCUGGAAGAUGGGAGGUUGAUCUGAUGUCUUUCUGCAGGGAAGCUGAUUCUUUAGAGGCCGCUCCUAUGAAAGUCACUAUUACUCUUCAUCUGAAGUACUGAAAGUAACUGCAAAAGACUAGACGUGAGUUUUGCAGGAUAUGAACUGCAAGAGCUAACACGGGAAAGGCUCUUUAGUCUUUACCUUCCCCUCAAAAACUGACGGAAGCUCACUGAAGAAUGAAUGCACUAAUGAGCUUGAAAGAGGUUGAGUUGGGCUUUUAUUUCCCGAGUGAAACUGUGUAGGCUCCAAGCGAUCCUGAAGCUCAAAUCAUGUAUCUUGCUAAAAUGCAAUUUAUUUUGUUCAUAAAGACAACUUCGAACUGGAAUUACCAGCUCAGCACAUGAAAUGGGGCAGUAGAGAAAGCCUGACUUUCACCCCCCUAAUAUUACUCGUAGGCCUUUGUCUUCGUUUCUUUUAACAAUACCAAAUUUCCAGAUUCAGGCACUGGUUUUGCUGACCCACGGCCUGUUUCCAACCCAUGACAUUGUGAGUUAUCGCUGAAGGUCACCUUUAAUGUGGAGCCGUAUGUGCAUGUAUCAAGAGAGAACAAACGGUCCUGGGUCGCGCUAGACUUCUACAAGGGCUAGCUGCAUUUAGAGCAGUAAUGAUUUUAACUCUAGCUGUAUUCUGUUUUGAUGUGUAUAGCGUAAUUUAAUACCAUGUAAUUUGGUCUUGAAACCACGUCUUCCUUCAGAAAAUAAUUCAGCCUCGUAUGUAUUUUCUAAGGUGCUAGCAGCCUGCAUUUCAGUGCUUGUUUAGUGUUAAAAAAGAACAGUGUAACUGCACGUUAACGUUACUGUGGCCCCAUCAACAACAUGCACAUCUUAUCCCGGAGGGCGAGGACUUGGCGUGCCGGUGCUUUCCUCAACCUCAGCACUAUGCAACCAGCCAUGCUAGCUAUCGCCUGAGACAGAGCGAGCCAAAUACCUUACUGGACUGCAGUUAUCGCAGCCUUGACGAGCACGUUCCUCACGCAACACUGACAAAUACAGAAGGAACUCCAGACAGUUGUAGGGCUGUGAACACCUCACGUGGAAGACGAGUCCCUUAGAUCACUGGUAACUUCAUUUGAUUUCAGCGUCACUAAAUUAAUCUACUUCAUUGGAAAUGUAGUAUUUUUUCCUUAUUUGUAUAUUCAGGGUAUGUAUUUCUGUAACUAUUUAAAGAGUUUAGGUUAGCUAAAGACAGAUAUUUUUAUUUCCAAAAGCUGUAACUAUUCCAGUUGUGCAUUCAAACAGGAUUCAUCCCCAAACAAAUAAAAACACAUAACCCCAAGUUUGCCACAGAAAUAAAAUAUAUGGAUGUCUAUUUUUGUAUGAAAUGGAGUUCUGUAUAGUACUAUUUAAAAAAAAAAAACCACAACUCUCUACUUGCACUUACUAUUUUACGUUCUAAAAUUACCAUAAAUCUGCUGUUUAAGUAACAGAUCUUCAAAUGUAUGUAUAUAUUUUUGCAACUAAAGCACUUGCUUAGCUUUUUUAUGUAAGUCAGGAUAUCAAGCGUUCUACAUGUGACUUGCUUUCCGUAUGAAAUUUUAAAAGCCUGUGUAAAAAGUUCUAGUCUUUUAAACCAAGAAUGACUAAAUCAUAGUUGGUGUGUCAGUGUUACAUAACAAAGUAAAGCAGGCUUUUGUACUUCAGAGAUCUUGAAUGUAAAAUGCUCAGCCGUGUAUAUUUCAAUUGUAUAAAACUUUUUUUAAGAGGAGCGUUUUGCUUGUUGGUUUCUUUUUAAACAAACUAAAUACAACAACAGGUUUUAGCAGAUGUCGAGCACAUUCCUG